CCUGCCAACACUACAGGAGAGAGAGAAAGAGAGAACCAAGAGCUUAAAGCAAUCCAUUUGCCAAGAAACCUCCAGGCAGCUUCAGAUCUCCUGCAGAGACGUUGUUGGAAACGCAAGGCAAUUAAACUACAAGUGAUUCCAACACCUUGCAAAGAGGCUGCCGAUAUCUUCCACAACAGAGGACCACUCCAGUUCAUCAGGAUGAGGUCUGGAGUCACGGCUCUUUUCGUCUUGGGGGCCUGUGCCCUUGGUGCAUGGUGCGCACCCCUCAAUUCAGUCUUCGUCACCUUCCCUGGGGAUAUACUCACAAACAAGAGUGACACUGAGGUGGCAGAUGACUACUUGCGGCGGUAUGGCUACUUUGAUACAGAGCACAGGAGCGGUCUCCAGCCAUCUGUGUCGACCUCCAAGGCGCUGAAGAUGCUGCAGAGGCAGUUCGGUCUUGAGGAGACCGGGGAGCUGGACCAGCCCACGAUCACCGCCAUGAAACAGCCGCGAUGCGGCGUCCCGGACGUCCGCAGCUACCAGACCUUCGCUGGGGACCUAAAGUGGGACCACAACGACAUCACCUACAGGAUCUUAAACUACUCCCCAGAUAUGGAUGAAUCUAUCAUCGACGACGCCUUUGCCCGCGCAUUCAAGGUGUGGAGCGACGUCACCCCCCUGACCUUCACCCGGCUGUACGAUGGUGUCGCUGACAUCAUGGUGUCCUUUGGAAAGAAAGAUCAUGGGGAUCCCUACCCCUUCGAUGGCAAGGACGGUCUCCUGGCUCAUGCUUACCCCCCAGGGGAGGGCAUACAGGGAGACGCCCACUUUGAUGAUGAUGAAUUCUGGACUCUGGGUACUGGGCCAGUGGUGAAGACUUACUAUGGCAAUGCUGAGGGGGCUUUGUGCCACUUCCCCUUCCUGUUUGAGGGAAAAUCCUACUCCACCUGCACCACAGAGGGGCGCGAUGAUGGCCUGCCCUGGUGUGCCACCACGGCCAAUUUCGACAAAGACAAGAAAUUUGGCUUCUGCCCGAGUGAACUUCUGUACACGACUGGCGGAAACAGCGACGGCGCCCCGUGCGUUUUCCCCUUCGUCUUCCUGGGUGACACCUACAGCGGCUGCACCACCGAGGGUCGCACCGACGGCUACCGAUGGUGCGCCACCACCAGCAACUACGACGACGACAAGAAGUAUGGCUUCUGCCCGAACAGAGACACAACCACGAUUGGUGGAAACUCCGAUGGAGAGCCCUGCCACUUCCCUUUCACCUUCCUGGGCAAGACGUACGACUCCUGCACCAGUGAGGGCAGGGGCGACGGGAAGCUGUGGUGUGCCACCACCAAAAACUACGACCAGGACUCUAAGUGGGGCUUUUGCCCCGACAAGGGGUACAGUCUGUUCCUGGUGGCAGCGCAUGAGUUUGGACAUGCUCUGGGCUUGGAUCACUCCAACAUCCAGGAGGCGCUCAUGUUCCCAAUGUACAGCUAUGUGGCAGACUUCUCUCUGCACAGAGAUGACAUCGCAGGCAUCCAGUAUCUCUAUGGCUCCAGACAUGGCCCCGAGCCUACCCCUCCGGGCCCAACGACCACGACCACCCCUGGCACCACCACCACCACCACAACCACAACCAGUUCUCCCGAGCCCUCUGUUGAGGUCUGCAAAGUGGACAAGUUUGACACUAUCAACGAAAUCCAGGGAGAUCUGCACUUCUUCAAGGAUGGGCAGUACUGGAGGAUGAACUCCAAGGGAUCGAUCAAGGGUCCUUACAGGACAUCAGACAGCUGGCCCGCUCUGCCGUCCAUUAUUGACGCCGCCUUCGAGGACCCACUCACCAAGAGGCUCUACUUCUUCUCAGGUCGUCGUGUCUGGGUGUACACUGGAAACAGUGUGCUGGGCCCCCGCAGCUUGGAGAAGCUUGGUCUCCCGGGCAACGUGGAGCGCAUAGAGGGAGCGAUGGCAAAGAACAAUGGCAAGGUGCUGCUGUUCAGCGGGGAGAACUUCUGGAGACUGGAUGUGAAAACCCAGACCAUUGACAAAGGCUACCCCCGCCACAUAGACCAGUGGUUUGGAGGAGUUCCUGUUGAUGCCCAUGAUGUCUUCCUCUACAAGGGACACAUGUACUUCUGCCGCGAUCGUUUCUACUGGAGGAUGAACUCGCGCAGGCAGGUGGACCGCGUCGGCUACAUUAAGUACGACGUGCUGCAGUGCUCCGGCGUCUGAGGACCACCUUCCCUCCUGUGGACCCACUCAGGCUAAUUCAUUAGCUUAAUUCAUUCAUUGAUAAAUAUAUGUCACACAUUCCCCCUACUCUGCAGGGGACUAAUCGCUUCAUUUCGUAAAAACGACAGACAAAUGGGCCAGAAGAUAUGAAAAUGAGGUAUUAUGCCUACAAUACUGUGGUAUUGAUCUAAGCCCCACUGAUGACCUGAAGUUGUGUUUUUGGCCCUCAUUCUCAAGACUGUGGCAUAUGCUGCUUGAAAUGAGACAUACGGGGUCAUUACUCUUUGAACGGUUCAGAUCCUCCUCCUAGUCACUUGAACCGGUACAGUGAUACACGGGUUUACAUUUUUGCCCAAAGAUAGGCCACUGUGAUUUGACAAGAGGGAUUUUGUAGGUAGCCUGGUUCUUGUGUUCAUCACAAAAGUCAUGAUGCAAGACCUCACACACUGCCACAUCCCUGAUUUUAUAUGACAUUAAUUCUACGUUAAAAUAAGUAUGAAAUGAAAAACUGGGAUGCAAAAUCAAAAAGCAAAUAGCUGCCUAUGAUCUGUGAAUUGCAAGUAGUGAAUUGUGUCAACGAUGCACAUUCUGAAUGACAUAGCCCAGUACUUUUCACAGGUGAUGAAUUUUCUGUCUAUUUUUACUGCUUUGUGUCCGUCUGCCUGGAGCAAACGGUAUAAGUAAUUUGUGUCUGCUUUGAAAGCCUUUAUUAUUUAAGUUUUUAUUUUUAUUAUUUUAUUAUUUUCAAUGUUUAAUAACUGCACUUUUAUUUUUUAUGAGAACUGCCUCUCAUUGCACUUGAAGGCACGUUGCGAUUUGAAUCCAGUUAUUUAAUGAAUCAUGGGA